CGUCAAAAAUCCAAAUUCAUAAUUCGUUUUUUCCAUUUUUUCUGCAACGCGUGAAUCACCAGAUUUUUUAUUCUGACAAUGAAAUAUCUCGUCAUUUCUACCGACUCCCGAAUUAACGAAGAUAAAUAGUGCCAGAGUGAAUUUUUCAUUUACCGGAUAAGAUAAAUCAACGAGAUUAAAUCAAAUUGACAGAUGAAUGAGAUGAAAGUGAAUAUUUUUCUGUGGAAAUAUGGAAUAUACAAGUGGAAAUGCAUCCCCCAGAGUGAAUUUGCACGUCUAAUUUAACAAGAAGCCAUGGGGCUUUUAUUUAUAUCACGGCAUUAUAACCGGAGCCUCUAGUAUCAUUUAUCAUCUGUUAACCCAGUGCUAAACUAAGUGAACCGUGAUGCAACAUUUUGGAUACAACAUAAAAAUCAUCAAAUAUUACAACAAUUGCCGUUGGUUGUAUCACAUUAAUUGGAAAACUGCCCGAACUAUUUGGAAUUUAAAUUGAUAAGACGCAGUAAAUGGAACGAUAUUGUCGGCGAUCCAGAGUGCACCACACGAACCGUAAAAUCAAAGAUUACAAAUGUCCUGAGAACUCUCAAUCGAUUCACCGCAAAGCCCUGUCCACCGAGAUCGUGAAAACAACCGAGAACUUUCUUUGAAUAAAAUAAAAGAAUGAAAGUUCACCUGCUAUUACCCUAGGGUGUCCCGAGAAGUUGGUUUUAUCGAGAAGAAAAUCCGAAAAUCUCGAGAUCCGUCAAAGGCAAAAAAUCCCAGGGAAGAAAAACCUCCACGAGAAUUCCUUAAAAAAAAAAAAUGGCCAACACUCCUAAAAACGAGAAAUGAACGAGCCCGUAUAAUUGCCCGCAGUUCCAUCAAAAAGUUCAUUUGAUCCCGAAGAAAGUGAGGCUGGCGAGAAGACAGAAUAAAAAGCCCAAGGGGCUGAAUUUGCACCCAAAAAUUCACAAGGAGAGAAACGACAAUGGUAACAUAAAAUUUCGAAAAAAAAUCACAAUCAUUAAAGUGGCGAAAGUGAAAGAGGACGAGGAGGUGCCGGCGAAUUUGCCAAAAUUACCGCGAAAAAGAAGAAAGAAAAGUGAAAAUCCGUGAAAAAAUAAAAAUAAAAAAAUAAUGGAAAUUGACAGUGAAACGAUGAAUGCCACAACAGAAUUACCGAACGAUUGGACAAAUACCGAUUCAACAUCUAUUAAUCAACGUAAUCUAGACAGUAAUCUUACACUCGAGUGCAACGCAGAGUUGAAUGAUGGCGCGCUAUUCGAAUUUAUAACAAAUGGAAUUCUACUAAAUCUCGUUGGGCUCUUUGGAUUAUUUGGUAAUAUCAUAUCGAUGAUUAUUUUGUCAAGGCCACAGAUGAAAUCAUCCAUCAAUUAUCUACUCAUUGGACUCGCAAGGUGCGACACUGUUCUCAUUAUAACUGCGGUGCUGAUACACGGCCUACCGGCGAUUUACGCCUACACCGGUCUUCUAUUUGACUACAAAUUCGGUGUAUUCCCCCAGAUAGUGAGAUACUUAUACCCCCUGUCAUGCAUGGCACAGAUGGUGACAGUGUACUUGACAUUGACAGUUACAAUGGAGCGUUACGUUGCAGUUUGUCAUCCACUCCGGGCAAGAUCAUUCUGCACAUACGGACGAGCAAGAAUUGCUGUUCUCUCCAUCGUUAUCGUAUCGAUUAUUUAUAACAUGCCGAAGUUCUGGGAGGUAGACCUCGAGGAGGAAAUCCACUGGAAAUACAACGUCACCGUCUACUGCGUUGUUCCAGCUAUUUUACGAUCCAGCGAUAUUUACAUAACUAUUUACGUCAACUGGAUGUACUUUUUCGUAUACUAUGCCUUUCCAUUCGUCGCCCUUGUCGUCUUCAACGUCGCCAUUUACCGGAGAGUGAGAAAAGCAAACAGAGACCUUCAACAACUAUCCCGUCACCAGCGUCGUGAGAUAAAUCUAGCAACAAUGUUACUGUGCGUAGUAAUAGUAUUCAUCGUGUGCAACGUUCUUCCACUAGCCUCAAAUGUAUUCGAAAAAUUUCAAGUACUGCCACCAGCCUGGCUAGUACAAGCUGGCAAUCUCCUCGUUACAAUAAACAGCAGUAUUAAUUUCAUCGUCUACGUUAUAUUCGGUAGAAAUUUCAAGAGAUUAUUCAUCCGAUUAUUCUGCAGCUCAAAGCUAUUCGGCCCCGGCAGAGACAGCCCAGAGUUCCAGACAAAUGACGAAUCUGUUGUUACAAAUACCACAAAUAUAGAGAUGAGAAAUUCCAUACGAAGAUGCCAUCACCACAGAUCAAACACAACUGGACCGAGAAAUAAUCACUCGAGUGUACAUUUGAAUGGAAGUACAAGACAAAGCCCAUGUGUUUAUUAUCCAGGAAGAAGUCCAGUGAGAAGUCCUAGUCAAAUAUCAUCCAGAUCAUACAUCAAUGACUGGAGUAAAAACAACAAUGUUGAAUGAUGAGCCUAAUAAAUAAUUACCAAAAUAAUCCCCAGGUUUUCCAUCAAGAAAUAACUGAAGAAAUAAUUGAAGAAAUAAGUGAAGAAAUUGCCAACUCCAAUUCAGAAUUUCUUGAAUUGUAAUCUCAUUUCUUAGAAGGAAUUGAAUGUCAUUUUUUUAGGGUAACGUAAGAUAGAGAAACUUGAGGGUUGGGAAAAAAUUCGAGAUAUUUCAAGAUGUCACGUAUUUGUUCCAGCAAAUAAAUCCGAUUUCAUAGGUAUGAGAAGGAAGUCGAGAAGUUUGUUGGUAUAAUACGACAUCAAGACCUUCAACUUUCGGACUGACCUGGGGGAGAUAUUUUCUUUCAGUUCUACGUGACAGGGGAGAGGCCGGAUGAUUUAGUAAAAAGGGUAUAAAUACUCCCUUAAUUAAUUGUUUAUUCCAUUAAGGUGAGGAUAAAUUGGAAGUCUCAGGUUUAAUUCUUAUGAAAAUUACAUUUUAAUGAUCACGAAACCUCAAAGAACAAAAAAUCCCUGAAUGUUCAAGAAAAUUUCACUGAAUUCGAUUUAACCCGAAACUCUGAAUAAAAAGUGAAAUUUCUUGGAAAAUUAACGGAUUUUUUCGGUCUAAAAUGCGAAUUUUCAUAAAUUUUCAUGAAUUUUUAAAUAAACUUGAAGUUAUUGAAAAAAUCGAGAAUCCGCGAAUAUUUAAAAUGCAAGUUUUCGACUUUUCAUUAAUUUUUCGGAAAUAAUACAAAAUGAUGAAUUUGAAAUAAUAAAAUUUCCUGGAAAAUUCGGUCGCCAUUUUUUCGACGUCAUAUUUAGAAAGAAAAGUUUCUUGCUGUUAAGAGAGAAGUUUCUCGAUUGAAGAAGCCGAGUUUCGAGAUUGAAAAAACAUUUCUUUGAUUCAGAAAAAGUUUUCCACGAUUGGAGAAUAAAAUUUUCAUUGGAAAACUUUUUCUCUCCGCGGAUUCCCCUCCAAUAUUCGAUAAUUGCUCUGACCUUCUCUGUGACAUCAAUUAUUUCCAAAUAUAAUGAACUAGAUUUUAUUUAUCCAAUUAUGUGGUAUAAAUUUGUAGUAUUUAUUGUAAAAAAUAACUAGAAUUUUGAUUGAACUCUUGUUUUCAACGGAGUGAAUCGAGAUAAAUAAUUCUCAUGUAAUAUAAAUUAUUUGUACAGAAUAAAAUAAGAUGACGUUAAUGAGAGAUUGUAAAGAGAUAUUUCGGUAGGUAUUCGAGUGACAAAAUACCUCAAAGUUUUGAUAUGAUAAUAGAGAAUUGAAUUAAGAAUAAUAUAUGAAUUGUUUUAUUUAAGAAAUUAAUUUAUUCGUCAAAUGAUAAAAUAUUAUCUUCGAAUUUACGACUAAACUAUCUCGCUCGUUCAAAUUUAUAGAAUUAAAAGGCCUCAUGAUACAAAAAAAAAAAAUAAAAUAUCGACAAAGCUUUGUUUCGUGAAUCCUCAGCCAAAAAAUUAUCAAAAUAUCUGCCAAAUGACAUGAAAAAAUUGUUCAUUUCUCAAAAACCGAGAGAAAUUAAUUAACCGAAGGAAAAUAUUUUUAUUGAUCAUCUGAAAAUGCGAGAUGAAGGCGCCGCCAUCUUGUUUAAUCCAUCCCAGAGGGAUUUUCAAGAUGGCGACAUCUCCAUCUCGAAUUUUCAAAUGAUUACGAUAAUUACUUAUCUCCUUCCAAUAAUUCUCAAUUAAUUUCAUCCUGUUCCUGUGAAUUGAAUAAUUUUUUCAAGACAUUCUGCAAAUAUUUAGAUUAUUUUUUGGCUGAAAAUUAAUUCCGCAAAUAUUAUCUUCGCAAACAGAAGAAGGGGAGGUGUUUUUUUAUGUGAAGAAUUUCCUGAAUAUUAAAAAUAUUCAAAUAUGUAAAUAAUUAAUUGAAUGUCCAUUGAAAAUGAUAAUCAACUAUAUGAUUAAAAAAAAAAUAAAUACCCAGACUAUUUUUAUCACAUCAAAUCCGACACAAGUGUCUAAUCACUAGAUAAUAAUUAAUUCGUCAAAAAUCGAAUGAAUUCUACAAUUCAAUUAAUCUCUGCCAUCCUAUUGAAUGGUGUUCAUUCAGUGUUUAAGAAAUUUAAGAGGGAAAAAAAGACGCUCUCAUGGCUGUAAAACGAAAUUAAUACGUAUUCUAGUCAUGAAUAAUUCUAUAAAGAUGAUUUUCUAGAAUAAUGAACCACGAAGAAGUAAAACCUUUAAAAAUGUCACAAUUCUAUUCAAAUCAGAUAUUCACCAAAAAAUCUCCCUGAAGACUUAUUUUCUACUUCUCAUCGAAAUUGAGUGAGAUAUUAUUUAAACUAAUUAAAAAAUUAAAAAUAUUUCCCAUUUCAUAUUCAUCAAAUUGUGACAUCAAAAAUUAAUGUAGAAUAAGAAAAAAAAAAUCGCAAUUUCCAUCAGACUUUCGGAAAACAAACAAUUGCUUGAAAAUCUAUCAAUCCAAAUUUAAAAUUACGUAAAAGUAUUUAGUUAUUCAAAAGUCGAAUAGAAAAAUCUCUACGAUCGAAGAUAAAGUACGUUUUUUUACAAUCGAAUGAAAAUAUUUAUCCUUCCUUUACUAUAGCUGUAUUUCAAAGUGCAUUGUAAAUAAUAAUUAUAAAAGCAAGAUAAUUAUUCUUAUUCAAUUUUCAUCCCCUCCCCUCCCCCUAAAUCUCUCAAUAACAGAAUAUUCAAUGGAUACCAACGACUCCAAAAUCUCGACCCACAAAAUCACCGAUAACUCAAAAUGGGUAGAACGCAAUUUACCGAUUUUUAUUUCAAUAGAAAGAUAUCAUUUCAGGCUAUAACUCAAGAUCAAAUCUAUCUGAAUCGCAUUAUGGGGUCAAAAGAUACGAGGGAUCAAAUAAGAUUCAUGAUUCAUUCGACACUCCCUAACACCAACCCUAUCCUAAAAAUAGGAGAAAUUGUUCUGAAAAAAAUGAUGCGAAUACUGAUCCUUAUCUAACAAUUUAUUAGCGAGGAGCAGAGGAUUUCGAGGAUAUUAACAAGAAAAACGAAUAAUCGAUGGACAUUACAUAAUUCAAAAUCUCAGCUACAUCUCCAUGAAAGUUACUGG